UUUGUUCAGCUAAAAACUGGGAUAUUAUAUAUACGUAACUCUGAAAACUGACUACUGUGAGUCUGAAUAUGAGACAUGUGAGUAGUCAUUCUGAUAGUUGAUAAAUUCCUUUCCCCAAAGAGAUGAAAAAAAUCCCACGAUAGACACUGUUUUGUUUAGCAGGGUGGUUAGGGACAGCAGCCAUUGUCUGAGGACUUAUUGAAGACUUUGAGUCAAAAAUAAAAACCUAGGUUAUAACUCUGGUGAGUGGAGGUAAGAGUUGUCUUUUGAUACUCAGGUGGCUAAAGGGGUGCAGUCCAGCUGAGACGUGUUAACCAAGAUCAGAUCAUGUCUUUCAUCCGCACAUAGAAAAGGUCAUCCUGGUUUUUUAUCUCCCCCAGACUUGACAAUUCCAGCACACUUUAUUCUAGUACCAGCAGGCAAAACAUCCGAAGUACGCAACUUAAAUGAAAGACCCCUAAGUGCAGGUUAGAAUGUAAUAUGGGCUGACGCAGGCCUCUACAUGUUAUGUGUUACGUGCAUAUUACGAAAUAUGAAUAUUUCAUAAUCCCCCCCCCAAGGGAUUAUGAAAGGUGAAGCCACUCCUUCAGGCUACUCUCACUUUCAAUAACCGAGGUCACAUGCACAGGGUGGUGGGGUUGCUUUGCCCUCAUGUUUUCCAUUAUCUCUAUAGGCCCCUUUUAAACAUUUGAAUUUCUGACUUUUGACUUUGGCUCUUCUCUGUCUUCAGUCAAUUAUCUGAUUUCUACAUCCAUGUUUGCUACUGAGAUUUGAUAUGUUUACAAAUUUAUCAAACCCAUACCCAAUAUUUAAUUCCUAACUCAGGUCUCUCUAUUUCCGACACCGUAAUAUCUAAUGUUAGGGCAAUAAUUUUUUUACCUCUUGUAGUAUCUGACGUGCCACAUGUUAUGUGAUGGCCUGGAUCUUUCAUGAUCAGUUAGGGGCCCAGGUCAAGGAUAGAUAAACUAGGUGAAAGGUUGGAUUCCAUCUAGAUUAUCUUUCUGUCACCUGUCACAUUUUGUCUCAAAGUUCACAAAAACAACCGAACUCUAUAUAGGCAGGGUACUUGGAGCUGUUUUUCAGAGCAGUUCAUAUUGGCUUCGAACACUCUCUCAGGCAAUCUAGAUGCUUGAUAGAUGCUGUACUUCUUGUAAUAAACCUUUUCUAUAUACAAGCAAGAUGGUGUCAGCGGAGUCUCAUCGCUAUUUAAUAAACAACACUCUGUUUGCCCCAGUCCUCUUCACUCCGGCCUUCUAAUAUCCACCACUGCCACUAGGUUGCAGAAGCAUAUAGAGAGGCUCCCAUCACUACCAGUAUUAACUAGUGGUAUAAACUGUGGGAGACUCUCUAUAGCUUUAAUUUAAGGCUGCACCAUUUCAUGUUAGCACAGAGGAGCUUGUCUCACUAUUCAACUAUACUGUUUCAACCAGUCAAAACUAAAAAACAUAUGCCUUUGGCCUCACUCUGGCUUAUUAAAGGUAGGCUAAUAUCAGAGAUACUGUAUAAGGAUAGCAGGCAGAAGGGCAGAGCAAAGGUGGAGGUGGGAUCAGUUGCAGAUCUCGCUUCAAAUUCUGAUUUUUUUUUUGUGCUACAUUUCCCAUUCUGUCAAACAUGCAGUGGUCCAGCCACUUUCUGAGAAACAAAACAGAAUCUAUAUCCUUCAGUCCUCAAAAACUACAGACUAAUCUCCAAACUCCCCUUUAUUUUCAAAAUCUUUAAAAAAAAGUAGUAACUUUAUCAUUUAGGGAUAUUCUAAAACUGAAUAAUUAUGAGUGGAUCAGUUUCCAUUUCAAGUUAUGUACUUUUUCCUAUGAAUAUAAUUUGCAAACUAAACGUGUUAUGCCAUUCUCUUAACCAUGAAGACACUUAUCUUAAUUUAAUGAUUAACAUGCGAUGAAGCUACGUAAUACGGUGCCUUGAUGCAAAGUAAGUGGGUUUUUUUAGGCAGCAGGGUGGGUGUUACCUCACAGUUACACAAAAUUUGUAUAACGGUUCAGCACGUGCUUGCUGCACGUGAAGCAGACUGAAUGACAAUGCUCCUCCCUUGUGUAAGGGGCAUCCUCAAAAUACUGUACUCUAUUUAAAGAGUCCUGCAGUGGGAAUCGUGUAAAGGCUGUUCAAUCCUGUAACAUACACUCAUCACCACAAUAAUGGGAAAGGUCAGUCUGGAGGAUAAUGAUACCAAUGAAAAAAAAACCGAGUUUAAUUUAGUGCGGGUUAAAGGGACCUGGAAGCGCAAACUGGGAAAGAAGGUCAGUAAUGACACAGCUGACUGUGUCUCUGCUGCAAAAAUCUACGAGAGCAUCACAGAAAAUGGCACCAGUUGGACAGUGGUCAGCCCCAUCGUCUUUACUUACAAGGUAACUGAGACCCGGAACUUGCUGGAUCCAAGCAACGACACACUGCUGCUGGGCCACAUCACUGACCCGAAACAGCUGGAGGACAUUAAAAAAUCAAACAAGCUAAUCAAACGCUUUGUGGUCAUCGACCAAGAAGUCUAUGAAAUCUAUGGCCCCAAAAUAACUGAAUAUUUUCAGGCCAACAAUGUCCGGUAUAAGAUCUUGGCUCUCCCCACCACUGAGGAGAACAAAUCCAUGACAACGGCCUUGAAGAUCCUAGAAGAGGUCAACAACUUCUCCCUUGACCGCCGCACAGAACCCAUCAUUGCCAUUGGUGGAGGGGUGUGCCUGGAUAUAGUGGGCCUGGCUGCCUCACUCUACAGAAGACGCACCCCUUACAUUAGGGUCCCAACCACACUGCUCUCCUACGUUGAUGCCAGUGUGGGAGCAAAGACGGGGGUCAAUUUUGCAAACUGCAAGAACAAGCUGGGUGCCUACAUCCCACCUGCCGCCGCCUUCCUUGACCUGUCCUUCAUACAAACUGUUCCACGACGACACAUCUCCAAUGGGCUAGCAGAGAUGUUAAAGAUGGCCUUGAUGAAACACAGAGGCCUCUUUGAGCUUCUUGAGACACACGGCCGUAUGCUGUUGGACACUAAAUUCCAGGCUGACAACAGUGUAUACGGAUGCAACUGCUCACAGGUUGCAUCGCAAGCAACUCAUAUAGCCAUCGUAACCAUGUUGGAGGAACUUGCCCCAAACCUUUGGGAGGAUGACUUAAACAGACUUGUGGACUUCGGGCACCUUAUCAGCCCAGCAUUAGAGAUGAAGGUCCUCCCAUCUCUGCUGCAUGGUGAGGCAGUAAACAUUGAUAUGUCUUACAUGGUUUACGUGUCCAAAGAGAGUGGUCUAUUGACAGAAGAUGAAAAGCAAAGAAUCAUCAGCUGCAUGGUGGGCUUGGAGCUGCCUGUCUGGCAUGAAGCAUGUACCAUGGAGCUCAUACAGAAGUCUCUGCAGGACAGGCUGAAGCAUUCGGGAGGCCUGGUCAGAAUGCCUCUGCCUAUUGGUCUUGGGGAAGCAGAAAUCUAUAAUGAAACAUCUUGUGAGAUUUUGCACAGAGCUUAUGCAAAAUGGUGUGAUGAGCUGAGCGUCUCCGCAGACAGAAACUGUGACUCCUAACCUGCCCGUAUCACAACUGCAUCUGUUCAAUCUGGUUUUAAGAGAAAAUGAUUACAUUUUGUAGGGAGGUGUAAUAUGUACUUCUGGUUCCAUACCCUAGUCAUUGUUCAUAUUGACGUCCUCUAGUCAACAGUCAUUGUUCAGAUUGAUGGCAUUCACCUCCAGUAUUUUCACAAUAUGGCAACAAGAGCCAAAUGUGGGGUAACCAUAUUAGGUAAAGCACUGCUAAAGUUUAUUUAUAAAGGCUUCUGUUCAGCAUGUGUUCUUACCUCUUUGCAAAUAGUGGCAAUACUAAAUAAUGCCAAAGGUGUCAGUGAACUUCAAAGGCAUGUAAAACAGAUCAAAUUAGAAAAGAUUGUAAGAGUUGACACUUUUUUUGUUAUUGAACAUCAUGUGGGCUAUAAAUAGCACCAGCUGAAAGUAUUAACAAGCAGCCUGCAGACUUCUCUCUUAUUAUGUGUGUCAAAUAUAUUUGUAAACUUGUCCCAUUAAAGAUUUUUACCAUUUAUCAAUAA